AUGGCACACAAAAAAGAUAAGCAAAAAGAACCAGCAAAACAACCCAAGCCUUCCCAGUCGCUCCGAAUCCUUCCCCCAUCCAUGAGUCAGAAUAAGCCAGAAACACCCAAACAGUUGGUCCCUUUUCCUGGUUGCACUCCAAUCUCAGUUGCCACACCAAUAACAGUUGCUAAUAAAUUCUCUAGUUUAGGUUCCACAGUUGGCCAAAUUUGCCCCAGUUAUCAGUCGACCUUAAUCUCCAGUUAUGAUCCUUUUUCAGUUGAUCCCUCAACUGGUCCCUCAGUUGCCUUCAAAAAGACAUCUCCCUAUUUGCCCAAAAGCAAUUUUCACCUGUUUUUUGUUGAGCCUGUCUAUGAUAUUAAUUCUGAUCCAGUUGCCAUAGCCAGACACUAUUUCCCUCCGGGAUUUCAUUAUAUGCCGCCUAGUCCAUACAAGUCUCUCAAGUAUUAUAGAGAUAUAUUACUUGAGACUCAGUCAGUCGAAAUUACGCCAAUAAAGGAUCGUAAUCACCCUGAGAUCAUCCUUUAUCAUUCCCUCUAUAUCCACAAAGUCAUGAGUCAAGAUUCUUUCAGUAGCCACCCUUAUGAGUUGAAAACCCUUCAGUCAAAAUUGCAAUAUAAUUAUUCUGAUUAUAUUGAAGCUUGGUACUCUAUUUUCCUCCACCAAUCUGAGGACUUUAGUCAUUCUUGGUUUAUAAAUUUUGACAAUAAGUUCAAAUGCUCCUUUCCCUACUGGUUCCUCCACUGGGGGGAAAAACAUGGUCCAGUUGAUGAAAUUCUGCCUGUUUCAGUCCUUGAGCUAAUUCGCCAUUUCACCAAAAAAGCCAAGUUCUCCAAAAUUGAUUUGUUCUUCCCAAAACCGUUGCUUUUUGUUGCUAAAUACAAAGUUCCUUGGAUCCUCAAAUGGUCCUACAAAGUAACCAAAGAUACCAGAAUUUUUGCGUGCCAAUUCUCUGUUAAAUGGUGGGACAAAUUCGAAGUUGACAGAAUUGCCAAAUAUGUCUACAAUGAUUUGCCCCAUGAUUCUAUUCCACAUCCUGCCUCUCCCACUAGUUCAACCCGAUCUUCCCUUUCAGUUGAAGGAAAAUCAAAGUCUGAACUUCAAGAGAUUGCCCGCCAGUUGAUAAUUCAAGCCUCUCAAAUGGAUGAUGACGAGGACAUUGAUAAUGACUCUCCUUCGUCGUCUAGCUGCCAGCCCAUGCAGAGCCUCUGA